AUGAUUUUAGUGCUUGCGCUUUGCCUGGCGGUGGCAUCCGCCGUCCGUUUGCGCGAGCGCUGCGGAGCGGGCCUCGCGAGCCCUUGUAUCGCAGCCGUACCGGCGCCUCAGAGCAGCACGCUGUGUGCCGGGCGGUAUAUCAAUUUGGCUAGAGGCGUUGGAUCGCAAUGUGUCGGUGGCGAAGCCCUUUGCUUCGCCGGUGCUCCGGCGCUCGAUGGCCUUCCAUCCUUCUGCCACGCCGGUGCAGCGUACGGCGGCUCCUACGAGCCUCGUAGCAGGUGUGAGCAGCAGGGAGGCGCAAAGUAUCGCCACAGUGGCUACGGCGCGGCUGUAGACACGGCUGCCACUGCGCAUAAGCAGCACAGACACGGUCCUGUGACUUCACAGUUGUGGGCAGAGGGAAGCGUUGGAUCUUAUUACGACGUGCUAUCCGAUGAUCCAAUAGCGUUGGAAGAGCAGGAAGACGUCGAUAUUGACGACGAUGUGGAUGUUGAGGAUGACGUGGACACAGAUGAGGACGAGCCUGACAGCGACGUUGAUUUGGAGGAUGUGGAUGACCUUGCAGGAGAUUUCACUGCAACUACAGUUGACAGCGCAAGUACACCACCAAAAGCAGGUGCGACUGUUCCGGGCAUCACUGGCAGGUUCGGUUCACCGGGGUUUAUCGCCGGCACCUCAAGCAUUGCUGCGGCGGCGCAGAGCAAGCUACGCAGCUUCUUCAAUUGGCGUAGCUCCGACUCCAGCAGCACAGAUGAUAGAUCUGAUGCGUCUGUGGAUAGCCAAACGGGAGACGGCGACCAGCGCAUACCUCCACGUCGCGAACGCAGGCCGUACCACAGCAGCAAGCCCUACGGUGAGGCGGACAUGUUGGACCUGCCCUACGUGCUUUCUCGCAACGUGAACAUGUCGCUGGACCGCUGGCCCGACAACUGCUUCCUGCGCAUUCGGCUGGAGUCGUAUUACCCCUUUCUGCUGCGCUUCUCCGCCGACCGCCUGAUCAAGGGCAUCCGCGAACACACCAACCUGCGGGUGGGCAACGUGAAGGCGAUGCCGAUGCGGCGCAAGCGCUGGUGUCUGCUGUCGUCGCCGCAUGUGGACAAGCGGUCGAAGGACAUCUACGAGAUCCAGCAGCACGUCCGUUUCCUCGACGUGUUCCCGGCGCCCAAACCCGCACGGAACUCGGGGCCCUCGGCCGAAGGGGAUGGCACUGGCGAUAGUGCACACGAGGGGGAUAAUGACAGCGGCAUGGAUGCAGAUACUUCCGCAGAAGAUAUACCCGAAGACGCAGAAGGUGACGAGCAACGGUAUGACAGGGAGCGUCAGCAGGAGUCAGACGCCAUGAAGUUCAAGGGGCUGCUGAUGGUGCCGCUGCCGAACUUCGUCAGCUUCGACUACUGGUUCGAGGAGGUGCACAAGCACGUGAAAAACCGCAGCAUCGAGAAAACGUUCCGCCGGCGCAUCUGGGUCUCGAAGUACUUCCGCCACCACUACGAGAAGCGGGAGAAGGCUGAGCUGGUGGACAAGCUGACCUCGCCGGAGCUGUAUUCGCAGAUCCCGCUGCGUCACAAGCGCCACCCGUGCGACUACUUCGCGCUGCAGCUGGGCGAGCUGCGCAAGCUGUACGACUUCGUGGUCAGGCGCAAGGCGGAGGACGAGGCCCGCGAGCGCUACGGCGUGCCCGGCCCCAAGUUCUACGACAUCGACGAGGUGCGGUUCGUGCCCAACGAGGAUGACCGACGCUGUGGCCAUCUACCUGACGAUGCCGACGUGGACACUGAGGUCUCCAAACAGAUGGCCGCAAUGGAGAAGGCGGAGAAUGCCAAUGCACGUCGCAAGUAG